GCAAACGGGGCCGGAAAGCGUGGCGGCGCAGGCGCAAGCGCAGAGAGCGGAGGCGGCGGCGGUGGCGGCCGCUGGCCAGUGUAAGAUGGCGGCGGCACUGGUGGUGGCAGUGGACGGGGCGGCGGGGCCUGGAACAGUCGGAGCAGCCGCUGGCAGAAGGAUGACCAGAGACGGGAAGCGGGCUGCUGAGCCUCGCCGGCUCCCGUGCUUGUAACUGCCCCAGCCGGACGCCUCCCCUUGACCUACCCGGUCCGUGUCUCGUUCCGGUUCGGCCUGCCCCCCUCUCCCUAGCCGGUCCCCCACAGGAUGGGCCUGACCCCCCUCCCAAGCUCUUAGGGCCCCGGCCUUCUCCUUUCCCUGACCGGAGUCAUCGCCGGGAGAACUGGUUGUCCUUUUCUCAGGCUGGCAACAGCAGACAUCAUUCAAGAUGUCCAGCAAAGGGAGCGGCACAGAUGGCAAAACAGACUUAGCUAAUGGAAGCCUGUCCAGCAGUCCAGAGGAGAUGUCUGGAGCUGAAGAGGGGAGGGAGACAUCCUCUGGCAUUGAAGUGGAGGCCUCAGAUCUGAGUUUGAGCUUGACUGGGGAUGAUGGUGGCCCCAACCGCACCAGCACAGAAAGUCGUGGCACAGACACAGAGAGCUCAGGCGAAGACAAGGACUCUGACAGCAUGGAGGACACUGGCCAUUACUCCAUCAAUGAUGACAACCGAGUGCAUGACCAUUCAGAGGAAGAAGAGGAGGAGGAGGAGGAAGAGGAGGAAGAAGAACAGCCUCGGCGCCGGGUACAGCGCAAGCGGGCCAACCGUGACCAGGACUCAUCAGAUGAUGAGCGGGCCUUAGAAGACUGGGUGUCCUCAGAAACUUCGGCCCUUCCCCGACCUCGCUGGCAGGCCCUUCCUGCCCUUCGGGAGAGGGAGCUGGGUUCAAGUGCCCGCUUUGUUUAUGAGGCCUGUGGGGCAAGAGUCUUUGUGCAGCGUUUCCGUCUGCAGCAUGGGCUUGAGGGCCAUACUGGUUGUGUCAAUACCCUGCACUUUAACCAGCGCGGCACCUGGCUGGCCAGUGGCAGCGAUGACCUGAAGGUGGUGGUGUGGGAUUGGGUGCGGCGGCAGCCAGUCCUGGACUUUGAGAGCGGCCACAAAAGUAAUGUCUUCCAGGCCAAGUUCCUUCCUAACAGUGGUGAUUCCACCCUGGCCAUGUGUGCCCGUGAUGGGCAGGUUCGGGUAGCAGAACUGUCUGCCACACAAUGCUGCAAGAAUACAAAACGUGUGGCCCAGCACAAGGGAGCGUCCCACAAAUUGGCUCUGGAACCAGACUCUCCUUGUACGUUCCUAUCUGCAGGUGAAGAUGCAGUUGUCUUCACUAUUGACCUGAGACAAGACCGCCCAGCUUCGAAACUGGUGGUGACAAAAGAGAAAGAGAAGAAAGUGGGCCUGUAUACAAUCUAUGUGAAUCCUGCCAACACCCACCAGUUUGCAGUGGGCGGACGAGAUCAGUUUGUAAGGAUUUAUGACCAGAGGAAAAUUGAUGAGAAUGAGAACAAUGGAGUACUCAAGAAAUUCUGUCCUCAUCACCUGGUGAACAGUGAGUCCAAAGCAAACAUCACCUGUCUUGUGUACAGCCACGACGGCACAGAGCUCCUGGCCAGUUACAAUGAUGAAGACAUUUACCUCUUCAACUCCUCUCACAGUGAUGGGGCCCAGUAUGUUAAGAGAUACAAGGGCCACAGAAAUAAUGCCACAGUAAAAGGUGUUAAUUUCUAUGGCCCCAAGAGUGAGUUUGUGGUGAGCGGUAGUGACUGCGGGCACAUCUUCCUCUGGGAGAAAUCUUCCUGCCAGAUCAUUCAGUUUAUGGAGGGGGACAAGGGAGGCGUGGUGAACUGUCUGGAGCCCCACCCUCACCUGCCUGUGCUGGCAACCAGCGGCUUAGACCAUGAUGUGAAAAUCUGGGCACCCACAGCUGAAGCUUCCACUGAGCUGACAGGGUUGAAGGAUGUGAUUAAGAAAAACAAGCGGGAGCGGGAUGAAGAUAGCUUGCACCACACUGACUUGUUUGAUAGCCACAUGCUCUGGUUCCUCAUGCACCACCUGAGACAGAGACGCCAUCACCGGCGCUGGCGAGAACCUGGGGUUGGGACCACAGACGCAGACUCCGAUGAGUCUCCCAGCUCCUCAGACACCUCGGACGAGGAGGAGGGCCCUGACCGGGUGCAGUGCAUGCCAUCCUGAGGCCUCGUACCUAGGUGGGGCGGGCUGGGGCUGCCAACCCAGUCCUGCCUGGGCAACCUGUUCCCAUCCCAGGCUCUUACUUUCAGCAGAAACGCACUUUGGACUUUUUGCUUUAGAUAAAAGAAAGACAUCCCAGGAGAAGGACACACCAGAGGAGAAUGAACCAACAGAGAGUCCCUAGGAUGGGAGUGGAGCCCUGGAGUAGGGUUCCGUGGGGACAUGCAUAGGACUCCGCAGAAGUAGCCUCUCCCCAAGGCCUCUUUCUGAGGGGAGAAGGGAGCCUAUUUUGUUAACUGGUUUGGGAUAGGGAAUGGUUUUCUUUGUCUUUAACCUCCCUUGUUUCUUGGGCAGAGGGGUGGGGGGAACAACUGGCUAUUCAGUACCAAGGGCCAGAGUUGGGGGCAGGAGCGCCACUCUCUCUUUGGUUUAGGUUUUGGACUUUUUCUUUGUUUUUUUAAAAGUCUAUGACAGUUCCAUUGUUCCCCUUUUCCACCCCAGCCCCCAGCAACCCCAUCCCAGGAUCCUGAUUUUCUGGGAAGUCCUCGGAGCCCCUGACCAUCCCACACUCUUUGCUUUCCACCUCAUUCAUCCUCUGUACUUAUCACAGUGUUUUGCACUUGAUUGUGUCUCCUUCACUCUCUCCUCUUCAUCCCAUCACCCCUAAGUAGGUCAGGGGAGGGAGGAUGGGGAGAGGAGGGAGAAGGGGCAGAGGUGGAGAAAGAAUAGGAAGGAUGUUACCUCUUUUUUUUUUUUUUUAAGUUUUUGGUGGCAGCAAUCUCCCUGUCCUAUCACUGUUAGAGGCCUAAUUUUAUAUCUAUAAAUAUAUUAAAAAGCAAGUCAAACUUGGAUGUAUCAAGGUAAAAUUAUUGUCAAAGUUUAAAUACCUAUAUAUUCUCUAUGAAUGCAAUAAAGGGACUUAAAGGAAGAGUGAGCAAGAGUAAUGAUGUGGAAGUGACACCUGGGGUCAGCUUACCCUCUGCAUAUAUGACCAUUAGAGAUGGAGCUUACCCCUUAGGUUUUAGGAGGCUCAAGAAUGCAAGAAUCCUCAGUUCUGCCCUUCCUGUUUCCCUAACUUGUUGUGGAGGUUGGGAAAAACAGGAAAUUCCUCUCAACUCUGCCUGAGAUCUACCUCUCCUUGAGUCUUGUGGGGCUUACCAGAAUGACUUUUCCAACCCAGGGCUGGCCUGUCUUUAAAACCUGACUGGACUCUGACUUUAGGAAGGGUGCCACCAUGGCAGACUUGCUCUUCUGGUCUGUGUGUGACAGACGACACAUAGACGCGCACACGCACACUCUUACCUUUAGCUGCUGGACUCUUUAAGCCAUCCACAUCCACGCCAGCUCCCUUCCUAACGGAAGAGUGAAGGGAAAGACUUCCUGGGAUUGACUUACAGACCUAGUCCACCUCUUAAUAAUUUAGGACUGAGGAGCAAGUCGGUCGUCUAAGGACUGAUCACAAUGGCUGGAGCCUUGUCUUAUCACUGGUCACUGAAAAGUCCCAGUGGAAUUCUUGCCCUUAAAUGCUUUUGCUGCUAUUUUUUUGCCCCCAAUUUCCACAAAAUCCAAUCAGGAAAUCUGCAUCCUGGGACAGUCAGAUUCUACUAAAACAGGCCAGGAAGGAGGGGAAGAGUGUGAGGAUGGAGUCCCCAGACACUCCUUUCUCAUGCCCCUUUCCUUGCAGUGCUCAGACCAGAUGUCGCUGCUGCACCCCCUCCCUGAGGUAGGGAAUGUGUGGUGACCAAGUGGUCUGUGUUCCUCUUGCUUAGUGGGUCGAUGGGGUGGGCUGAAAAACGUGCACUCUGGAAUUUGUUGUAUUUUCUCUAAGUAAAGCUUCCCCCCGCCCA